AUGGACUCGAACGACUUUGCGACCACGAAAUCCGAAGAGGCAGGCAUGGCUUCUUCAUCGCAUGGAAAUCACCUUGAUCACGCAAACCUUGAACGCCUCCACACUGCUGGUGGACACCUGGACGACCGAAGUCAACCAGCUCUUCCGGUCUACCAUCGCACGUUUGCCAGUCCCUCUCCAUUGGGACUGAUCUCAUUCGCGACAGACAUAUUCCUCAUCUGCGUCUUCGGACUGCAAGCCAGGGGUGUAACUGCACCCAAUGUGAUGGUCGGAUGUCUGGUAUUCUAUGGCGGCGUUGGUCAAUUUAUUGCUGGGAUAAUGGAAUUCAUCACGGGAAAUACGUUCGGUGCCACCGUAUUCACCUCCUAUGGUGCAUUCAACUUGUCUUAUGCAAUGAUAUACCUACCCGGGACAGGUAUCCUGGCUGCAUACACCGAUUCUGCGACCGGGGCCAUAAGCCCCAGCUUUGAUCAGGCUCUGUCACUGUACCUGUGGGCAUGGUUUAUUGUAACGGUGGCAUUCACAAUCGCUGCGAUGCGAUCCUCCUGGGUUCUUUUGAUUGACUUGGCCUUCUUGGACAUUUGCCUUCUCAUGCUUGCUUCCGGGUUUAUGGCCAAUGUCCAGGGUCUCCUGACUGCCGGGUAUUCGUUUGGGCUUGUGGUGUCAUUUCUUUCCUACUGGGCUGGUUGUGCUGGGCUAUGGGGUGGCGGAGUCACCCCUAUCAAGCUGCCCACAUUCGAUAUGUACACUGCUGUUUGA